AUGUCGGACAACUCACUCGCAGUAGCAUUCGGAGGUCUUGGCGUAAGAGACGAAUUCCCGUCUACCUACAGGAUCUGGGACGACGGCCCCAAGCCCUGUAACCGAGACCUGCAGUCGCACGCAGAGCACGAAGCGCGCAAGGCGGAGCUACGCUCGUUCUACGAGCAGCUGAAGCACGAAGAAGUGGAAGUCACUGUUGCGUGCGCUUACUUCAACGUGAUGCUGAUGGCGCACAAGUACAACAAAGUCGUCGAUGAGUACCACGAGGAGCGGCAGCGGCUUAUAGCCGUGGACGUCGACAUUGUGAUGAUGUGGCCGAGCGUACGCAUGUUCGCGCGGGCGGCCAAGCGGACGGCGGUCGAGGGCGUAGCGAUCGAGGACUUGGACGAUCAGGCAAGCAUUGUGAAGGCGUACGAGUACUCCCGCGACCGUGACUUCGAAAGCCUUCUUGCUGCUGUUUCGCACCUCUUCCGUGAAGGCCACUUGCUCUGGGAGGCGCGGCGUGCGCUGAAGAGCCGCAUCCAAAUCCUCAAGCGAUACAGGGAGCAGCUGAAGAUUGCCGAGACUGACCACAAGGCGAGCGUCGAGAUUGCGUCCCUAAGAUCGCGGUUGGGGCGGGAGCAAGGGCAGCCUGAGGCGACGUUGGAGCAUCUGCUGCUCUUGGCUGAUCAUCUCUCUCAGCUCGAUUUGAAAGACCGUUCCUCCGUGGCGGCUGAACUGUUCCUUGACAGACUUGUGGCUCUCAGAGUUUGUGUGGCCGAGGAGCAGGCGAAGAUGGAGGAAAUACAGGUCUCGGAGUGUGAGGCCUGGAAUGCGGUUUGUAACGUGCUCAGGGAGGAGGGAAGAGGUGAGGAGUAG